AUGGGUUGUAGCGGCUAUACACCAUCCCUUGAAGAGUACCUACGUAAUGGAUGCAUUUCAUCAUCAGUUUCAGUUCUUUUGGUUCAUUUCUCCACAACUCAUCAUGAUCAGCCAACCGAAGAGAUUGCUAGUUUUUUCCACAAGAAUGAAGAUCUUGUGUAUAAUAUAUCUCUCAUAGUUCGGCUCACCAAUGAUUUGGCAACUUUCGCGGCUGAACAAGAGAGAGGCGAUGCUCCUUCAGCAAUCCUAUGUUACAUGCGAGAGAUGAAUGCUUCUCAAGAUAUAGCCGAGACGAAGAUUAAGGGCAUGAUAGACAAAGCAUGGAAGAAAAUAAAUGGGAGAUGCCUGAGAAGCCCACAACAAGUGUCUUUUCUCUCACCAUUCAUCAACACUAGCAUAAAUAUUGCACGAAUGGCGCACAGCCUUUACCAAGAUGGAGAUGGAUUUGGUGAUCAAGAAAAAGGCUCUCGGCUGAUCCAGUCUCUACUAGCUGAGCCUUUACUGCUUUGA